AAUGAUAUAAUGGAACGGUAUGGAUUAGAAGACGUGCACUGGUUUGGAUCAAUGUUUGAAGAUAGAGAAUUCUGGGUUCCUGCUUAUUUUCGAGAUUUUCCCAUGGGGUCGCUUCUUAGGACUACAUCGAUGUCUGAAUCGGAGAAUAGCUUUUUUAAAAACUACACAAAGCCACGUGCAAAUCUUGUACAGUUCAUCAAUUUCUUUAAUUAUGCUGUGGGAGAUCAAAGGAAUGCCAAUUCACGAUUGAACUACUUGGAUUACUCAACUAUUCCUGAUUUGUCAACCCAAUUGCCUAUUGAGAAGCAUGCAUCUACAAUCUACACUGAUUCUAUUUUCAAACAUGUACAACAGGAAAUAAGUAUGGUAUGUGAGAUUGUUUCUAUAACUACUGUUGAGGAUAACAUCAAGAUGCAUCAGGUCAAGGACCAAUAUGGUAGAACAUGGGAUGUUAAGUAUGAUUGUAAGCAAGACACAUUCGACUGUAGUUGCAAGAAGUUUUCCAGAAUUGGUUUGUUAUGUUGUCAUAUAUUUUGUUUGUUGAAGAAUAAGUCUGCUAAUCUCAUUCCUGAGAAAUAUUUUGGUCGAAGGUGGUUGAAGAGCUCUUUACUAAAGGCAGCCCAUGGUCUACCAUCUGAGGAACAACAACCAUUUGAACAUUUGGAUGAAAAGCAGGAAGUUAAGAAAAAGUUGUUCUCCAACUUUUAUCGAUUAGUCCAAAAGUCUGAGGGAAGUAUGGAUCAUUUGUCUUUGUUAAGUGCUGGUCUUGAUGAUUUGGAAGAGCAUAUAUUUGGAAAUUGUGCAGCACCUUCAGUCAUUGAAAAGAAGAAGAUGGUUGAGGAUUUUUAUGGAAUGGCAGUACCUGAUGUAAUUGAUGUACAUCCUCCAGACGUUGUUAGUACCAAAGGAUCAGCUAGUGGCAGAGUAGCAAAGAGGCAGAGUGCAAUAAGGAAAGCAAAUAAGCCUCUACGACGGUGUGGUAAAUGUCAUGAGAUGGGUCGUCAUGAUUCAAGAAAUUGUGGUAGAGUCAAUGAGAAGACAGAUUGA